CUCUUGCCAGUGUUCACUGUGCCGCUUUAUGCUGUGCGCAAGGCAUACAGAUGUAAGUUUAAUCCAGGCUACAGUCAGAGCUGGGAAGUGGAGAUGAGGUUGCCCUUUAACUAACAUGCAGUGGUAUUCAGCAGAAUAUUCAGCGGCCACUGCAACUGUCAAGGCGGACUUAGGCGAGGAGAUGAAAACCUCCUGGAACUGUGUGUCGUGUUUUAUUCUCUCCAUCUCUUUGUGUGGAUCUAUGCGUUUUCACUCUUAAAGCCUGACAGCAAGAGGUGUUAUCUGUAGCACUGAUCUCAGCUUGAAAAUUACAAGACUUUAAUUCUGCCUGUCAGGUUGGUGAACCUUUGAUUUAAAAGAUAAAGCAAGAGGAGGACACCUGGAUGAAUCUAGGAAAACCUUGCAGAGGAAAUUUCGUACAGCUUCUGAUUUUUGGACUCUUUAAAGAUUUUUUGUUGUUGUUUUUUUAUAGCUUUAUACUGGACCUGACCUCUGUGUAUCCGAAGUUUGCAGUGAUUGCGAAUGCGCUUCACACUCUGGCUAAGAGAUGGUGUGAUGUUGUGCUUGGAUUUGGACUUUCUUUGAGAGGAUUGUGUUUUCACCUCAUCAGCAGUCCUUUGCUGUUUGCAGAUUUUCUGAUCUGCCAUCCUAACCCUCUGACACAUUUUUUUUUCCCCCACUGGACAUUGUGUGUUGGUUAAGAGACUGGGCAGUGAUUCCUGACAGAGGUGCAGAGUUUGAGGGUUGAUUAUCUUAGUGGCAGUGCUUCAGGAGGAACUUCAGCUUUUCAUUAUUUGUUUCUACCAGAAGAAAGUUUAAGUACCAACAGUUGGGACAACUGGAGAAAAGCCAGAAUGCAGGUGUCAUUGGUGUGCACGGACCAUCGUGGGGGGGUAAGCCGCAACACGGAGGACCGGUUAAAUCGACAGAAUGCCAACAGCCCCAGCACAGGCACACGAAGCAAGUUCAAAGCAGUGGCGAUGGUUGCUCGCAGUCUAGGUCAACUCUCUGUGCAGAGUGUGCCUUCCUCCAGUGAGCAAAGCAUGAAGACUGGCAUGAAGUAUAGAAACCUUGGAAAGUCGGGCCUGCGGGUGUCCUGCCUCGGAUUAGGGACAUGGGUUACAUUUGGUGGACAGAUAACGGAUGAGAUGGCAGAGCAGCUGAUGACGCUGGCUUAUGAAAAUGGCAUCAAUCUGUUUGACACAGCAGAGGUCUACGCUGCUGGAAAGGCAGAGGUGGUGCUGGGGAACAUCAUAAAGAAGAAAGGAUGGAGACGUUCAAGUCUGGUGAUAACAACAAAGAUUUUCUGGGGUGGAAAAGCAGAGACUGAAAGAGGUUUAUCCCGAAAACACAUUAUAGAAGGUUUAAAGGCCUCUCUAGAAAGACUGCAGUUAGACUAUGUGGAUGUGGUUUUCGCAAACAGACCAGACCCGAAUACACCAAUGGAAGAAACGGUUCGAGCGAUGACCCAUGUGAUAAACCAAGGCAUGGCCAUGUACUGGGGAACAUCACGCUGGAGCCCUAUGGAGAUAAUGGAAGCGUACUCUGUGGCACGGCAGUUCAACCAGAUCCCUCCGAUCUGCGAGCAGGCCGAGUACCACAUGUUCCAGAGAGAGAAGGUGGAGGUGCAGCUACCUGAGCUCUUCCAUAAGAUAGGUGUGGGGGCCAUGACAUGGUCACCACUGGCCUGUGGGAUCAUCUCAGGGAAAUACGAUGGCAGGGUGCCUCCGUACUCACGGGCCUCGCUUAAGGGGUACCAGUGGUUGAAGGACAAGAUCUUGAGCGAGGAGGGCCGGCGUCAGCAGGCGAAGUUGAAAGAGCUGCAGGCAAUCGCGGAGCGGCUGGGCUGCACACUGCCCCAACUCGCCAUCGCGUGGUGCCUACGCAACGAGGGGGUGAGCUCCGUCCUUUUAGGGGCAUCCAACACCGACCAGCUGAUGGAGAACAUAGGAGCGAUACAGGUUCUUCCAAAGUUGUCGUCAUCCAUCACACACGAGGUGGACAGCAUCCUGGGGAACAAGCCGUACAGUAAAAAGGACUACCGCUCCUAA